AUGUCACCUAUCAUCCAUUGCAUCCGUCACGGACAAGGUUUUCACAAUGUCGGCGCUGGCGCAUACACUCUCCGCGAUCCAGACCUGACACCUCUGGGCGAAGAGCAAAGCGAGAUACUCCGGAAAGCCUCAUUUCCCAAUCAGUCGAACAUAUCUCUCAUCGUAGCAUCUCCACUGCGUAGAACACUCCAUACCGCCUUCUCGAUAUUCAAACCUGCACUCACAUCGAACGGCAAAUGCUCACCAGAAAUCCUCGCCCUGCCAGACAUCCAAGAAACGUCCGAUAACCUCUGCGACAUUGGCUCUGACCUGCCUACACUCCAAACCCUAGUUAUAGAGAACAAGUGGCCUGUGGACGUAACCCUUAUCAAAGAAGGCUGGAACAUCAAGACCCUUGAAAGUCGGUACAGUCCUCACAGCGAUGCCAUCACUAUUCGGGCACGGGACGCCCGACUUGCUUUGCGCCGCAUCGUAAGGGAGCUGGUGGAACAGGGAGAUGAAGAUGUCCAUAUUGCUGUCGUGACUCAUGGGAGUUUCUUGCAUUUCUUUACGGAUGACUGGGAGGAUGCGUGGAAGUAUCCUGCGACAGGGUGGCGGAACUGCGAGACUAGAUCGUAUAUUUUUGAAGACGAUUUUAGAAAGGAUAGAGAUGUGGAGGCAAGGUUGACGAAGACUGGUGAGAGUCGUGCGAAGAGGGGAAAAGAGUAUCCGAUGUAUGGGAGAGAAAGACAACCAGGGUUAUUUCGAUUCGCAAUGGAGGAGUGGGGAAAGCAGGGCUUGCAGCGCCCGGAUAAGUUGGAAUGA